AUGACAAACUUGAGACUAUUUCUCAUCACUUUCUUCUUUGUCUUGCUCACCAUCACCAAUGUAGUUCCAAACAAAGUUGAAGCUGCAACAACUCGUGCUUUCUUUGUUUUUGGUGACUCACUUGUCGACAAUGGCAACAAUAAUUAUUUAGCAACCACGGCCCGCGCCGAUUCUCCUCCUUACGGCAUUGAUUAUCCAACUCAUCGUCCCACCGGCCGCUUCUCCAACGGCGUCAACCUCCCUGACCUUAUGAAUAAGUAA